AUGGCCUCGUCAGCUGCCCCUCCCGGUGUCGUCGAUCCCACCAAGCCCAAGAGCUAUCCGGUCAUCCUCAGCGAUGCUUUGCUUGGCAAGCCAUCCAAGGAGACUUUGACCGCUAUCAGAUACAACCACAAGCCCGCACUAUCAUCAGACACCGGCCCCAACGAGGCCGAGCUCAAGCCCUCUUCGUCCGACGACGACUCCUUCAACCUGUCCUUCUACGAGAAUGGAGGCAAGUACGCGUACAACGGGACGCGCUCGGCCAAAGAGAACCAAUAUGUCCUGGUCUUCGACCCGGAGCGCAAGGCCUUCGUGCUGCAUCGCAUGGACUCCAUGUUCCACAUGAACCUGGCACGGACCCCCUACAACAACGACGCACAAGAACUCAAGGAGAAACACCCCCACAUCGAUAGCAGCAUCCGGCCUGCGACGGACAAGAAGAACACCAAGGCAUCGGCGAUUAAGGCACGAGAGACCACCAAGAAAGCCGGCGCCGACAGCAAGAAGAAGGAGGCGCCCGCGGCCAAGGCAGAGGAGCCUGAGGUGCAGGUCAAACCAUCCUCGUCCCAGGCGGACAAGGACACCAACAAGAAGAAGGCGCGCAACCGGUCGCCGGCCGAGUCCGACGAGGACGAGGACGAGGACGGCGACGGCGGCCUGCUGGUCGAGUACCCGGACCCGGUGCCGACGGCGCCCGUGCGCGGCCAAGACUUCAGCCCGGCGUUCCCGACGGCGAUCCGGCGCUUCUCCGAGUUCAUGCGGGAUGAGGGCCCAGAGUCGGACGAGGACGCCGACGCUGAGUACGACGAGGAGGAUAAUCUGGGCGAGGAGGACGACGACGUCUCGGGCGAGGGCGGCGAGGGCGGCGGCGGCUUCAAGCUGCCCAGCCCCGUGGUCGGCGGCGGCGCACCAGCGAUCGUUGCGGACGACGCGGACGACGACUUUGGAGACGACCUCGAGAAGGAGCUGGAGAAGGAGCUUGAGCAGGAGUUUAGCGGCAUGGAUGUCGAUGACGGUGGGGACGCCGAGAGCGAUGUCAGUGAGGAGGACUGA